AGCCCGUCGCAGACUGCUCAAACCACUGCAACGACUGCAACCACAACAGCUCACAGUCGCCAAAAUGAAGACCCAGUGGAAGGAUAUUCCCGCCGUGCCCACGAGCCAGGAGUUUCUGGACAUCGUGCUCUCCAGGACCCAGAGGAGAUUGCCUACUCAGAUUCGCGCAGGUUUCAAGAUCAGCAGAAUUCGAGCUUUCUACACGCGAAAAGUCAAAUACACAUCCGAGACCUUCACCGAGCGCCUCUCCACCACCAUCGAGGCCUUUCCCCGUCUGGCAGAUAUCCACCCGUUCCAUCGCGAUCUUCUCAACACACUAUAUGAUGCGGAUCACUUUCGAAUUGCCCUGGGUCAGCUGUCUACGGCAAAGUCACUCAUCGAAACAGUUGCGCGCGACUAUGUGCGCCUUCUCAAGUACGGACAAUCUCUCUUCCAGUGCAAGCAGCUAAAGAGGGCGGCGCUGGGUCGCAUGGCCACCAUCUGCAAGAGGUUAAAAGACCCUCUGGUCUAUCUCGAGCAGGUUAGGCAGCAUUUGGGUCGUCUCCCCUCCAUCGACCCCAACACGCGCACCCUUGUCAUUGCCGGUUUCCCCAAUGUCGGCAAGUCGUCAUUCUUGAAGUCCAUCUCAAGAGCCGAUGUCGAGGUGCAGCCGUACGCUUUCACUACCAAGAGUUUGUACGUGGGCCAUUUCGACUACAAGAUGCUCCGAUUCCAGGCAGUCGACACUCCUGGUAUUCUAGACCACGCGCUUGAGGACAUGAACACCAUUGAGCAUCAGUCCAUCUGCGCCAUUGCUCAUCUUCGUGCUCACAUCCUCUACUUUAUGGAUCUCAGUGAGCAAUGCGGUUACUCCGUCGCCUCCCAAAUCGCCCUCUUCAACAAUAUCAAACCUCUAUUCGCAAACAAGUUGAUCUCCAUUGUAGUCAACAAAAUCGACCUCAUGCGCCCAGAUCAGCUCGAUGCUGAGACCCAAGAGCAGCUUCAGGGUAUGCUCAAGUCUGGCGAAGUCGAGAUGCUCGAGCUUUCCUGCAAUACUCUCGAGGGUGUCAUGGCCGUACGCAACUCAGUCUGUGAUCGCUUGAUCGCUGCACGCAAUGCCGAGAAGCUGAAGGCUGGUACCAACAGCGCUGGCGAGCCUUCUGGCCGUCUUGGUGAACUGCUCCGCCGUAUUCACGUUGCUCAGCCAUUGGGUGGCGUCACUCGUGAGACUUCGAUACCUGAAGCCGUUCUGAACAAGAAAAAGUACAACAAAGACGACCCCGACCGACCUAUGCUUGAGCGCGAUCUCGAAGAAGAGAACGGUGGAGCUGGUGUAUACAACAUCGACCUGCGCAAAAACUACCUGCUCGAUAACGACGAGUGGAAGCACGAUCGCAUCCCCGAAGUCUUCAAGGGCCAGAACGUGUACGACUUCAUCGACCCUGACAUCGAGGAGAAGCUUGCGGCACUCGAAGCCGAAGAGGAGAAGCUGGAGGGCGAGGGCUUCUACGAAUCAGACGACGAUCUUGAAGAUGCUGAAGAGGCAGAUAUCCGGUACAAGGCAGAGCUUAUCCGUGAAAAGAGGCAGCUUAUCCGGAACGAAGCCAAGAUGCGCAAGAGUCUCAAGAACAGGGCUGUCAUUCCUAGAACUAAGAAGGCGAAGCAAAUGUCGCAGAUGGAAUCGCAUCUCGAGAGCCUUGGAUACGAUACAUCAAAGGUUGUCGAGCGUGCGGCGGCUCAAGCCGAAGCACGAGGACGCAGUUUGGCCCGUGGAAAAUCAGAGGGCCCCGGCGCCGAUGCUAUGGAUGUCGAUACACCCAAGUCUGCGCUUGAACGCGCUAAGAGCCGAGGACGCAGCCAGAGCACCAACAGGAGGACUGACGGUGUCACAAAUGAGGUUGCCGCUUCAAAGGCGGAGAAGCUGGCCAAGUUGUCGCAGAAGAAGAUGAACAGAAUGGCCAGACAGGGUGAAGCCGACAGGCACCAGACUGGCUCUUUGAUCAAGCAUUUGACUGCUGGCAAGCGUGGUAUCGGAAAGACCAGCCACAGAUAAGCGGAGUUGUUGUAUCUAGUAUUCUCGCUUUGCUGCUUUGUAGCUCGGAAAAAUCAUGGUUGGCGUUCAGGAUGCAUCAGAUACCUACUCGCUGUCUACGACACCAGCGUGGUAAUGCAAUACUUCUUUCCAUCACGCGACUUCUAGAAAAGCAACCUUCAUAUGCACAGUUCAUCUCCUGUAAUCGAUUGGUGUUUGUUGA